CCACCUACUGCAAACCCAAGCUGGCAGUCAGAGCAAUGCUAGCAGCAUUUCCAUUCCAACAUCGUUCCGGAGCUGAAUAAAGGUGCUUUUUAAAAAGAAACAUCCUCUUUACAAGCUGACAAGAACAAAGCAGGAUAGCUGGCUUUUUGUCUCAGCUUCAAUAAUGGAGAAAAAAGCAAGCAGAAGGGAAAAUGAAUGCGAAGAAAAAACCAGCAACUCUGAAGGCUCUGAGCAAGACAAGGAAUAUAAAACGUCUCUGAUUACUCUGAAUGUUGGUGGUUAUCUAUAUAUCACACAAAAACAGACACUAACCAAGUAUCCUGAUUCGUUUCUGGAAGGGAUCAUAAACGGAAGAAUAAUGUGUCCAUUUGAUGCAGACGGUCAUUACUUCAUAGACAGAGAUGGACUCCUUUUCAGACACAUACUCAACUUCCUACGAAAUGGAGAACUUCUUCUACCAGAAGGGUUUCGAGAAAAUCAACUUUUGGCACAAGAAGCUGAAUUUUUCCAGCUUAAGGUACUCUCGGAUGCAGUGAAAUCAAGGUGGGAGAAGGAACAGCUAGCAUCUCGAGAGACUACUUUCCUGGAAAUAACUGACAGCCACGACCGUUCACAGGGACUCAGAAUCUUUUGUAAUGCUCCUGAUUUCAUUGCAAAAAUAAAAUCCAGAAUUGUACUGGUGUCUAAAAGCAGGCUGGAUGGAUUUCCGGAAGAGUUUUCAGUAUCUUCAAAUAUUAUUCAAUUCAAGUACUUCAUAAAGUCUGAAAAUGGUACACGACUGGUACUGAAGGAGGAUAACACCUUUGUCUGCACCUUGGAAACUCUUAAGUUUGAGGCUAUAAUGACGGCUUUAAAAUGUGGAUUUAGACUGCUGACCAGUCUGGAUUGCUCAAAAGGGUCAAUUGUUCACAGUGAUGCACUGCAUUUUAUCAAGUAAUCACAAAGGCAAAGGACACAAGCAUGCAGCCAGUAAACCUCCUUCAGCUGCAGCCUCCUGGCAUCACAAAUAAUGUAUCUAACUAGCCUUGUACCACAGAGCUCAGCUGCUAAUCAACUGAUGUGAGCUAAUGGUAUGUAAAUCUCAUAAUGACAUCUAUCUCUGGCUUACUUAAGCUGAAUGAAAAUUUUAUGUCUGAAUUUAAUAAAAAUUACCUGUUAACACUGUAAACAGAGAUUGAAUGCUUUAUGCUCUUUGUAAUAUGUUUUCCCACUGCUGUCUUUCAAGCAGAGUCUAGCUGAAUUUUUAUGUACCUGUGUGACUAACAUGCAUACACCUAACUGCUCUGCUGAACAGCAGUGGCAGUAUUUUCACAUAAUAAAUAGGCUUAAAAUAUGUUUUGCUUAUAACAAAUUUAAAAUGGAUUUUAACUGGAAUAAAUGAUUUUGACUGUUCA